AUGUUUCGUACUCUCCUUCUUGCUACUGUCGUGGGCAGCGUCAGCGCGGCGACUACGCCUGCUAGAGAACUAGACGAACGAGGGACAAGUCCACCGGGUUACUACUGUUCGUCGUCGAAGAACAAGUGCUCGGUCGCCAAGCAACAGAGUGCAGCAUCAGCAUACUGCUCGUCCUUGUUAGCAGUACCACGGGUGACGAAAACCAAGACAGUAUCCAACUGCAAAAAGCAGAGCGUGUUGGCCGCAUGUAGCUGUCUCUCUCUACAGCCCUCGACUGUCACGACUACAGUCACCAACACGGACACAAAGAAAGCAACGACUACCGUCAAGGCGUGCACAACCAUCACUCAAUCCGCUACUACGACCUCUACAGUUACGGAAUCAGGCGACACCUCCUACGCCCUCCCUACCAGCUUCUAUAUUCAAAACGACAAUUCAUUCUUUGCCGUCGACCCAAUGAAUGUUAAAGAGGUUCAAGACGUCGCCUUCAGCGAUAACACCACCAACGAAAUCCUCUUUGCGCUGAACUCAGCCGGUAACCUCAUCCACGAAAACGGCAAAUUGCUAGCCGAACCUUCCUCCAGAGACGCCGACGGUGAACGCGAAAGCAUCCAAGUCAACACUGCAACACAAAGCGACGUGGAUGCUGGGUUGGCCCUGCCAUUGACUUGCAGCGUGUCGUAUUCCGCAGAGGACGGAACGUGUCCACUAAAGUGUCAAGUCGAGGCUGGCGAUGUGAAUCAAGUCCCACAGGCUUCCAAUUGGUUCCUAGGACCUCCUGGGUUCGCGGGUGAUCAGACCUUCAAUACGUUUGCUGUGGUGCGGGGAGCUUCUUCUGGAAGGGGAAGGGGAGGGAGGAGUGUCGGGAGGAGCAACCGAAGUCGGCGGUAG